UUCAUAUGUAAUCUGUAAUCUAUUAUCUACAGUCAGCCAACCACGCCAACCAUCCGAGUCUAGUAAGCAGACAUAGACAUAUACAUUGACAUAUACAUUUAUCCUAAUUCCGCUACAUCUCGUCGAACCACCGUCCUCUCCGUGAGAGCCUCCCUGACAACCGACGCAAUCAACUACUAAACCACAACCAAACACCCACCCACCUUACCCAUCAUGGCCAACCCGCUCGACACCGACGCCGGCUCCGAGCUGUUCAGCAGCUACGAAGCCGAAUUCAAACUGGUCCAGGCCGACCUAACCCAAAAGCUCGACCAGAUCCCCGAACUAAACGGCGAGCCGCGCAAAGCCGCUAUCGCCGCCGCCGAGCGUGCCCUCGAAGAAGCCGACGAACUGCUCGGACAAAUGCGUCUCGAAAAGCAAAACAUCCCCUCCUCGACGCGCCCCAAGAUAAACCAGCGCUUCCGCAACCUCGAAACCGACGUGGACGGCUACAAGCGCAAGCUGCGCACCCUCUCCGACGACCGCGCCGCCCUCUUCGGCUCCCGCUACACGGACAACCCCAACGCGAGCCCCUCCGACCUGCAGCUCGAGCAGCGCCAGCAGCUGCUCAGCGGCACCGACCGCCUCGACCGCAGCUCCCAGCGCCUGCGCGCCAGCCAGGCCCUCGCCCACGACACCGAGCAGAUCGGCGCCGGCACCCUCGCCGACCUGCACCAGCAGCGCGAGCGCAUCGCGCAUACCUCCCAGAUCCUGUACGAGAGCGAGGGCUAUGUCGAUCGCAGCGUUAAGACGCUGAGGGGUAUGGCUCGUAGGAUGGCUACGAAUCGGGUAAUCACCAUUGCUAUCAUCGCCGUCCUCGUGAUCUUGAUCUUCGCUGUGAUCUACAGCAAGUUUAGGUGAAGAGGGGAGUAUUAUAUCCGUCUGACGGCGUGACCGGUUAGGAGUCAGUCAGUCAGUCAGCCAGCCAGGGAUAGAAACACCAUGUAUAAAAAAGAUACAUAUACCACUCGCGAACGCGCAAGCAGUCUCGAGCAAGGAAGAAAGAGUUAACCACCAACACGGCGUCUGGAGCGUAAACAGGGAGGGCCCUUACGGAAACAUUGGAACAAUUCUCACUGUCGUUUUUCUCGUACAUAUUUCCCCUCGAGAUAUUGAUUGAUUGUCGUUGUCGUUGUCGUUGUUGUUUAUCGCUGUAUUGUGAUGAUAUCGAAAUUUUCGAGAGCUUUUUAUUUGACGAAAUUAGGUGUCUGUUGUUGAAAUGGGUUAAUACCACAGACGAUGAUGUAUCACCGUUGUCCUAUUCAUUAUCGGCACUGCAAGAAGAAAUGGAACGAAAUGAAGUAUAUUUUUCCCGACCCGUGUAAAC